CCUUUCUCGUGUCUUCUUCCCUCUCUAUUAAACUAUCCUCACCUCUGCUCCUCUUUCUCCAAAAUCCAAGCCCGAAAUUUUUUUAUUUUUUAUUUUUCACUCACGAUGCAAUUUUAAAAAAUAGCAAAUCUGGGAAUAAAAUAGGAAAAUCCGCCUCUUCUUCUCUCCGUCUAUUAAACAAACAGAGAGAGAGAGAGAGAGAGAGAGAGAGAGAGAGAGAUUUCCGCUGCUGAGGAGUUGUAUAGCGAUUCCCGCCAAUCCCAUCCCAAUCUCGAACCCUUCGUUCUCCACCUCUGCUUUUCAAUUCCCCAACCAUUUUAGAAAAUUCCGCCUCAACCUGCCCAUAAAUUACAUCUCUUUCUCUCUGAUUGUCUUGAUCUAAAUACUAUUCAGUUUUCAUCAGAAUCUCAAUCUGUUCUCCUUCCGUUCUCGAAUUCUGUUUCUUCAGUUGUUUUUGUAGCGGAAUUCUGCUGAAUUUUAUUCCACUGAGUGAUGUGAAUUAGGUUUCCUGCCUUGUUUCGACCUCUAAAUUGAUCCGUCUUCGGAUAGAAUCUUGCAAUCUCGUCUCCUCCCGAUUGUAAAUUUGCUUCCUUUUUAAGAUAGUUUUAGCACCGCUAUUGGUGGAGAAUUUGCGAAUUCUGCCUCCAAUUGCUGCAUUUUGUAAGGAAUCACGACAUCCACUUUGUUUCAGUUUCAGGAUUGCUGGGUUUUCAGCAGAAUUUGAAAUUAUAAUCUCCUUCUGAUUGUGCCAGAAGAUUCGCCUCCUUUCUUUGCAAAUAGUAAGAAAGGAUUUCUAAUUGGUUUCUAUCUCAAGGUUGUUGGGUUUCAGUUGAAUUCACAAAUUCUUCUCCUUUCAAUCGUGAAUUUAGUUUUGUUCCCCAAAAUUAGAUUAAAUCUGCGGAAUUCAGCCUUGUUUGGUUGGCUGAUUUCUUUCAAUUGUAGUGUUAGCAGCGAAUUGGAGAAUUUCUGAUCCUACUUAAUCUUCAACUCUGGACUUGCUCUUCCCUCGAUUUCAAAAUCUUUGUUUUCAGCUCUUUUUAGACAGAAAUUGGACGAUUCUAGUCCCGUCUGAUCUGAAAGUUUUUUUUUUUUUUGGGUCCCUUUAUCUUAAUGGCUUACUUAAGGGUUUUAGCUUCUCUCAUGCUGCCUUGAGUUUGAAAGAUGCUAUUCUCAAUUAUCUGCCUGGGUAGAGUUUGAGGCUUGCUAGCUAAGAUGCAGAGGGAUCAUCGAAGGAAGGCACCUGUGGAAGUCAAUUUUUUCACUGAGUAUGGCGAGGGUAGCAGGUACAGAAUAGAAGAGGUAAUAGGGAAGGGGAGCUAUGGCAUUGUUUGCUCUGCAUUCGAUACUCAUGCUGGGGAGAAAGUCGCGAUUAAGAAGAUUAAUGAUAUCUUUGAGCAUGUCUCUGAUGCCACACGCAUACUUCGUGAGGUUAAGCUCCUCAGAAUCCUGCGUCAUCCCGACAUCGUGGAAAUCAAACACAUCCUUCUGCCUCCUUCCAGAAGGGAAUUCAGAGACAUAUAUGUCGUAUUUGAACUCAUGGAAUCUGAUCUGCACCAGGUUAUUAAGGCUAAUGAUGAUCUGACUCCAGAACACUAUCAAUUUUUUCUUUAUCAGCUUCUUCGAGGCUUGAAGUACAUACAUACAGCAAAUGUUUUUCAUCGGGAUCUGAAACCGAAGAAUAUUUUAGCAAAUGCUGACUGCAAGCUCAAGAUUUGUGACUUCGGCCUUGCAAGGGUGGCCUUCAAUGAUACUCCCACUGCCAUAUUCUGGACGGACUAUGUUGCAACAAGAUGGUACAGAGCUCCUGAAUUGUGUGGAUCCUUUUUCUCCAAGUACACUCCGGCGAUAGACAUAUGGAGCAUUGGCUGCAUAUUUGCUGAAGUUUUGACUGGGAAGCCUCUCUUUCCAGGAAAGAAUGUGGUGCACCAAUUGGAUUUGAUGACUGAUCUGUUAGGAACACCUGCUGCUGAAGCCAUUGCUAGGGUACGUAAUGAGAAGGCACGGAGAUACCUAAGUUGCAUGCGCAAGAAAAGACCAGUACCUUUCUCCCAGAAAUUUCCACAUGUGGAUCCUCCUGCUCUCCGUUUGUUAGAAAGGAUGCUAGCAUUUGAACCCAAGGAUCGCCCUACUGCAGAGGAGGCUUUGGCUGAUCCCUAUUUCAGGAGCUUGGCCAAGGUGGACAGGGAGCCUUUCGCUAAGCCAGUAACGAAGAUGGAGUUUGAAUUUGAGAGACGAAGGCUGACAAAAGAAGAUGUAAGAGAACUCAUUUAUCAGGAAAUUCUCGAGUACCAUCCAAAGAUUUUGAAGACUUUAGAGGGAACAGACUCGAUGGGGUUCAUGUAUCCUAGUGCUGUGGAUCAAUUUAAGAAGCAGUUUGCUUACCUUGAGGAGCACUAUGGAAAUGGUGUGACAGUUGCCCCACUUGAGAGGCAACAUGCCUCUUUACCCAGGCCAUGUGUUUUCUAUCCAGACAACAACGUGUCAGUGGCACAAAAUCAAGCCGGUGUUACUGACAAUUUGUCCAAAUGCUGCAUCAAAGAGAUUGAGAAGCCACAGCCAGACAGGAACUGUGGGAUCCCCAUGACAAGGGUUCCUAUCCAGGUUCCACACAGAGCACAAGGUGCUGCCACAUCAAAGCCUGGAAAAACUGUUGGUUCUGUGCCACGCUACAACAACUGCAUGACAGCAGAAGCAUAUGAACAGCGAAUGAUGGCUAAAAACCCUGCUGCUUUGGGCCAUUUGUAUCCAAGAAGGAAUGUGAGCUGUAAGAGCGAUAGAGGAGAGAAUGAAGGGAUUGAAGGUUCCAAUCCAGUGCAGCCCAAACCGCCUCAAUACAUUGCAAGGAAAGUUGCUGCAGCCAAAGGUGGGGCUGGUAACUGGUACUGAUUCUGCAUUCGAGUUUUCUCAGGUCAGAAUCAUCUGACGUUGGUCUUCAUCAUUUGCCUACACCCCUUGGUCGCCAGAUCCACAGGCUCCCCUGUUACUUGACUGGUUGGUCAAUAAACUAAACACCAACUUCAUGGUGGAGCAUGGAAUAUCGAAAGUUUUUCGUAACAUUUUGAGAUCAUGGGCCCUAUUGUGGAUGGAGGAUAUCCUGAAAAUGACAUAAAUUAGGUAGGUGAUCCUAGUGGGUUCAAUAUGGUUGCCAGUCAAAUGGACGAUUGAAAAGAAAAUGGCCUGUGUACCUGUGGGGCCAAAUUCAGUGGCAGACAUCAGAUGGUUAAGAUUGUCUGGUCAAUGUGAUUUUCAGCAAUGCUCCAUCCACAACAGGGCCCACCGUUUGGAAAUUCUGGAUUACCAAACAUCUGCUUUCCAGGCACAUGGUCGGCAAGUCACCACCAUCUGAAAGAAAGCUCAUGAAGUGGUCUAGCCAGCUGUGCCUGUGUUGGGGAGAAGAGUGAUUAUUUCAGCUGUGGUACCUUACUGAUCUGAAGGAGGGGGAUGUUAUGGAUAGUUUGACGAUGACCUUGCUAUCUGGAAGGUGGGGUAGAAAGCAAUAUCAAAAGGGAUGCAGAGACAGGAGCCAUUGUUUUCUCUUUUCUUUUCUUUUUUUCUUUUUCUUUUCUUUUUCUUUUUUUUUUUUCUGAUUUGUAUUUAUUUUUAAGGUGAGGACUAGCUAUAAGACAUUUCUAUUGUUAUGGGUGUAUUAUUUCAACAUUUCAUGAGUUCUUUGUUCUGAUUCGGAACCCUCCAUUCUACCCCUUAUGGAAAUCAAUGGGGUCCUUGAUUGGGGGGCUACCAUUUGAAAUUGUUGUGUCAAUUGUAAUUUCAUUGUAAGGCUCAGAUAUCUUUCAAUUAUUGAAUUAGUAUAAUGUUUUGGUUUA